AUGGCGACCUUCGGUAAAACGACAUUCAACACCGCUCGAUACGCAGCCGCGCGCCCGACGUAUCCGAGGCAGUUGUACGAUUUUAUAUUCAAGUAUCAUGAGAGCAAGCUGGGUGCGAAGUGGGAGAGGGCGGUCGAUUUGGGAUGUGGGACUGGUCAAGCGACGACGGAACUGACGCCCUUCAGACAUAUCAUCGGCGUCGAUCCCUCCGCGAAGAUGAUAGACCAAGCGCGAGCCUCCAUCUCCGCUCUUCCACCCGAUGCAAAGUUAUUGCAGGGGACGAAGGUCGAGUUCGUGCAGUCCGCCGCGGAGGAUCUGAAGUUUCUGGGGGAUGGGAGUGUGGAUCUUCUGGUUGCUGCACAAGCGUGCCACUGGUUCGACUGGAACAGGAUGUGGCCCGAGGCGAAGCGUGUGUUGAGGAAGGGGGGCAGUGUGGCGUUUUGGGGCUACUCCGAAUUCCGCCUCUCUCACCACCCCCGCCUCACCCCCCUCAUCCACGCCUACGCCCAAGGAUCAGACCCGGCUACUUCGCUCGGUCCGCAUUGGGAGCAGCCUGGACGGAGGAUCGUGGAUGGGCAUUUGAUGGGGGUGCCGGAGCCUUGGGUGGUCACAGGUGCAGGAGAGAAGGGGGAGGGAGAGGGAGAGGGGUGGGAGGAUUUUCGGCGGGUUUUUUGGGUCGGUUCGCACCACCCCUCCCUACCCACCCCCCACCUCCCCAUCCUCCUCCGCAAACGCAUGUCCUGGUCUUCCCUGCUCGACUACCUCGGUUCGUUCUCGUCCCUCCAUACCUUCAAGCAACGCUACCCGGAGGAUGAAGGGAAGGAGGGAGGAGGGAUUGAGAGGCGGUUUUUGGGAGUGUUGAGGGAGGGGGUUAGGGAGGAUUUGGAGAGGGAGGGGGGGCAGGGAGAGGGAGAGGGAGAGGGAGAGGGAGAGGAGGUGGAUGUGGAGUGGCCGAUGGCGGUGAUUUUGGUUAGGAGGGCUUGA